GAUCUACCGAUCCAGCGAUCUACCGAUCCAGUGAUCUAUAGAUCCAUCGAUCUACGUAUCCAUCGAUCUACCGAUCCAGCGAUCUACCGAACCAGGAACCUACCUAUCCAGCGAUCGACAGAUCGAGUAAUCUACAGAUCCAAAGAUCUAGAUCUACGGAAAAAGCGAUCUUCCGAUCCCGCGAUCUAUAGAUCCAUCGAUCUACGUAUCCAUCGAUCUACCGAUCCAGCGAUCUACAGAUCCAGCGAUCUACCGAUCCAGCGAUCUAUGGAUCCAUCGUUCUACGGAUCCAUCGAUCUAUCCAUCCAGUGAUCUACAGAUCUAGAGAUCUACCGAUAAAGCGAUCUACCGAUCCAGCGAUCCACACAUCCAGAGAUCUAGAUCUUCCGAAAAAGCGAUCGCCGGAGCGAUCCAGCGAUCUACCGAUCCAGCGAUCUAUAAAUCCAUCGAUCUACGUAUCCAUCGAUCUACCGAUUCAGCGAUCUACAGAUCCAGCGAUCUACCGAUAAAGCGAUCUACCGAUCCAGCGAUCUAUAGAUCCAGCGAUCUACCGAUCCAGGAACCUACCGAUCCGACGAUCCAGAGAUCCAGUAAUGUA